AUGCCUUCCUUUUGCUGCUCAAUCUGCUGCUUAUGUUGCUUCAGUCCAAGGCACCGGCAGGCACGACAUCAGAUCGAUCGAGCUGCAGUUGCCAGUCAAGUUACCAUCCCGAACCUGCCGUCUUCCUGUAUGGUGGCCGUGCCUGCCUGCCUGCCCGGACCUGAGUGA